UUGGAAUUAAGUAGAGGAAGAGCUGAAGCUGAAUGAACCUGUUUCACUGGGUGGUUUUAAGGUGGUGCUAAACACGCUGCAGGUAGACACACUGGGAAUCUCUUAGUUUUCACGUGACCUCGCAUACUUGAAAAAAAAAAAGUCAACAAUUCUUGUAAGAUUCCCACGUAAGAAAGAAAAUCCAGAGAGAAAGAGAUGUGGAUUAAUAGACGAUCUGCUGUCCCUGGUGAGGGAACAACACAACAAUACAAGUCCACAAGUCUUUGAGCGAACAUUUCAUUAAUGUUGUUGCAGAGUUUAAUACUUCUCUUUCCAUCACCUACAAACUAUGGAGAUAAUAAAAAGGAUUUCCUCCAAAGAGAGAAUAUGGCCUUUUCCUUUUUUAUUGCCAGCAUCAUCAGAAGUUCAUAAAGUAAGAAAAACAACCGUUGUCAUAUAUGACUUUACUACUAGCUCAACUUUGCCCCUCUCGUGUUGAUGUCACCAAUGUAUUCCAGCUGGAGAGGUCAAAGGUCAGCUGUUUGUCCAGAAGGAAAUCGAUUAUCAGAGUACAAUCAGUCUGCAAAGAUCUGUCCAAGGUUCAUUUCUGUGAAACACCAACAGACUGAGAGACACGGCAGAGAUUCAGACAGGAGAACAAGAGCAGAACAUCUGAGGAUUACAUGUGCCGGUUACCAGGACUGUAAGAGGAGCUACAGGGACUGAAUACAAGAGAGGGUGAAAAACAGGACAUCAGAGCACUGAGACCAUGGACAUCCUUGAGACAGAUGCCUAUGACAGGCGGCAGAGGAGAAAUACAUCCUGUACUCUCCUUUUCUCCCUCUUGCCUUUCUUUUUGUCUGCAGCUCUUUACUUCUACAUGAUGACUCCUGAUAUGCCAUCGUCCAUCAUGCAUGCAGGUGUCAAAUCAGUGCCCACGCUGCUGCUUGCUGCUAUAGUGCUGAGCUGGAACGGAGGGCAGAGUGUCCUGGGUGUGGUGGGGGGACUGGUCUUCUCUGCCAUAGGUGACUGCUGCCUGGUGUGGCCUGAGCUCUUCGUGCAUGGUAUGGGUGCGUUUGCUGUGGCCCAUCUUCUCUACUCACUCACCUUCCUCUCCGGCCGUUACUCACCGGAGUCUUCCUCUUCCUUGAACUGGUUUCUGUAUCUGAUCCUAUUUGUGAUGGGAGGAAGUUUCUACACCUACAUGUAUCCAUUCCUGCAGAAGGCCCCGGAAUCUGAGCUCAUUGUUCCCGGUGUAGGAGUUUACGUCUUGUUGAUUACUAUAAUGGGGUCUUUAGCCGCCAGGACCCGACACGCAGCAACACUGUUGGGAAGCUUGAGUUUCAUAGUGUCUGACAUAUCACUGGCUCUGCGGGUAUUUAAGGCAAUGCCAGCAGGGGAGCAUGGUCACAUGUUUGUCAUGGUGACAUAUUAUUUAGCACAGCUGCUUAUCGCUGUGGGGGAUAUAAGAGCAGUGAGGAACUGGGAUGAUUUAGCAAAAUGGAAGAGGUCCUAAACUGGAUCCCUGUGGCACUCCUAAAGUCUAACAUGUCUUCCUCACCCUGGUAAACAAAACAAACUGCCUCUGAAAGCUAAGGCCUGGAGUUCUUUUAUAAAAAAACAAACACAGGAGAAGAGGACACUCCUUCUGGUUAGCAUAGACAGCUACAGGCUAACUUUAAAGUAUGAGGAGUAAAAGAGCAGCUUGCAGUCAAAAAAGUUGUAUUUUUUUAUAUCCAAUUUAUAUUUAAUGUCUCAGUGAUUAUACUAAAAAGUUAUAAGUUAGGUACCAAGUUGUAAAAAUUUUAAAUAUAAAAAUCAACAAACAAGACUUAGAGAAAUGUAAUACAUUUCAGUUAAUAAGAACAUAAUUUCUUUGUGUGUGAUUCAUUCAAACAUACUUUAAUCACUGGUUUUAUGACAUCGACAGUAAUGUGUAGGUUGUACAUGUGGUAACAAUGGUUUCCUCUUGUGAGUCAGCCAUCAUAUGUCUUUAAUAACUACCAUUUUGUAUGUUAAUAAAUAAAUAUGGACAAAAAAAACCCAACAGCAAUGUACUUGUAUGUAUGUAUGUAUGUACCAUAUGUCUGAAACAAGAGUGGACCAAAAUCAUAAGAAAAUAUUGGAGCUUCGAAGCUUUAUACAGAGAGAAAAAAUUUAACUUUUAGAAAAUUAUACAUUUCCCUAUUUAU